AUGCCCCGUGUCGCAAACAAGGUGCAUCGCCGUUCCAACGGCCACUCGACUCCCCACAAGAAUUCCCCGGUCAAGAUACCCCUUAACGAUGAUGAAGGCGAGAAGGCAGCGCGCAUGGAAGCUCGUCAGGCGCUUCACGAUCGCCAAAUGAGUCAGAUCAAAGCUGCAGUCAAGACUCCUAUGCCCCCGCGUCGGUACACCAACUACGACCGUGAAGACAGCGACAGCCCCGCGACUCCCCGGCCCUCGGGUCAUCGCAGUCGCACCAGCGAUGUCAAUGGUCGCGCAGUAACGCCGAUGAAGCGCGUGCCGAUUCUGGCCAAUUUCGAGGAGUGGAUGAAGAUGGCGACUGAUAACAAGAUCAAUGCGAAUAACUCCUGGAACUUUGCCCUUAUCGAUUACUUCCAUGACAUGUCAUUGCUGAAGGACGGAGACAGUGUGAACUUCCAAAAAGCUAGUUGUACUCUGGAUGGUUGUGUCAAAAUUUACACCAGCCGAGUGGAUAGUGUCGCAACAGAGACCGGAAAACUUCUGAGUGGACUGGCUGAUAGCCGUGACAAGAGAGGUCGCGGAGAGGAGGCAGAAGAUGGUGAUGAGGAUGAGGAAGGCGAGGAUGGUCAGCCUCGCAAGUCUCGGAAGAAGACACGUUCCCAUGAGGCCACCCUUGCCCCGUCGUUCGCGUCAUUACAACUUAAGAAAUUCGAGCUAGAGUUUGCCGUGGACCCGUUAUUCAAGAAAGCGUCGGCAGACUUUGAUGAGGGAGGCGCCAAGGGAUUGCUUCUGAACCACCUUGCUAUUGAUAGCCACGGAAGAAUUGUCUUUGACAGCAGCGAUGAUGCUGUUGACGACAGUGCAAAGACUGCUGAAGACGAUCGCCAAGAGUCUGUGGACCCUGACCAACAGAAUGAGGAAGAAAAGAAACCAGCCCAACCUGCAAGCGAUAUAUUCGAAGACAACACAGAGAUUGACCUUGGUUCACUCGCGAGCCAAUUCUUCCCAGAUUUGGAUCGUCUCGAUGAACAAGAUAUUUGCCCGUCACUCAAGAACCUCGACUUGGGUGAUCCCAGCGGAUCGCUGGAUCUUCCCCUCCUCAAAGCGCCUGAGGAUUGGCGCCAGGACAAGAUGGACGAAGAUGGACGAACUGAUGACCCAUCUGGUAUUAUGCUUGAUGACGACAACGCUGUCGGAUUCGACGACGAUGAUGCGACCCUGGCCGGCUUUGAUCUCAGCGGCGACACUGGGUUUGGUGAUGGCGGAGAGGCCUGGGCUCGGGAAGCAGCCUUGGAACCGAUGUUAAAUGUUCACCGGGUUGCUCACGAUGGAGAAAAUGAUGGGGAAGGUGAUGAUGGAGACGAAGACGCCUAUGCCAUCUCUAUGUCUCAUCAAACCAACAGUCACGAUCACGAAAACAUUCUAAGCUACUUUGACAAUGCGCUACAAAAGAACUGGGCUGGCCCAGAACACUGGAAGAUUCGAAGAAUCAAAGAGCAUUCAACGCCUGCUACUUCGGCGCCCAAGCAGCGCAAGGAGAAGGAACCGUUUGAAAUUGAUUUUGCAGCUCCUCUGGACCCUGCCAUCGCUGAAUUAAUCUAUACUCCGGCCAGCUCGAACUCCGCAGUUUCAUUACCAAAAACGCAAUGGAAGACGAAGGGUCGUAAUCUGCUUCCAGACGAUAAACACUUUAACUCCCGCAAUCUCCUCACAUUGUUCCUCAAGCCAAAGGCAAGAAUGGGCUCGAAGAAGAUUCUAGGCAAACGCCAUCGGCAAGAUCUGACCGCUGGCAAUGGUGAUAUGGAUGAGGCAUUCUGGGCAAACCGCAAGCCAGAAGAAAACGCCGGCGAGGAGGGUGCCGCUGGUGCCUAUGAUGCCAACUUCUUUGCUGACGACGAUGGGCUUCCUUUCUCGAAUGGCAUGGAUCUCGAUGAUGACGAUGAUAACCUUCCAUUCGCGGAUGCCCGAGAGAUGCUGUCUCCGGCAGCAGAUGGAGGUCCAGGUACUGCAGCGGGCGAAGCAGGUGGAGCAACUGGACUGAGUGCGCUAUUGAACAUGGUUGGUGCCACGCCUGGCCGACCUGGAGCUGGUGGCUACGGCUCACAACUAGUGACACAAGGUGGUCGCCGUGCACGACCAGACUACGUGGCAUAUGCACGCGUGGCAAAGAAGGUUGACGUCCGACGCCUCAAAACAGAGAUGUGGAAAGGCAUGGGCGAACGUCUUGUCGAUGCUGUUGACUUUGCAUCGGCUUCACAACCAGGAGCUGUGUCCAGUGAAACUCCGACCGAGCCUGAGAGUGAAGGGGACGCUCCUGUUCCGCCCACACCCAAGAGCGAUAGCCCACAACAACCUGCCGACGGCAAGGAAAAUGGCCGGUUACGGUUCACACAAAUUAUGAACAACCUCAAGACAGUCUACCCCACAGAGACCUUACGCGAUAUCAGCACAUCAUUCGGGUUUAUCUGUUUGCUUCAUCUUGCCAACGAACAAGGCCUCGUGCUUGAGAGUGAUCUCAGCAAGAUGGGCGCUGAUGCUGCUACCUUGGAAGAGAUCUUCGUAAGCAAGGAUGCGCAUGCAAUCAUCGAGGAGGGUGGGAUGUGA